GGGAGUGCGAGAUACUGGUAAAAAAAAAGGGGAGUGCGAGAUCGGCGAGAGAGAGAGAGAGAGAGGAUGAGAGGGCUCCGGCGCAGUAGGCAGCCGCCGCCGCUACCCCUUUUCCCUGCCGCCAGAAGGGCCUCGCCAUCUGCCACACUCCUUCUCCGCCUCCGCCGCCUCCUCCCGGCCAGCCGCCUCCUCUGCCUGCUCCUCCUCCUCGCCGCCCUCUCCCUCGUCCCGCCGGCCUUCUUCCACCUCCGCCUCCGCCGCUUCCACCGCAUGCGCGAGAGGCGGUGCGGCUGGAUCGCGAGCCCGCCGAUGGUGUGCGCGCACGGCGGCGACUCCACGAACGCGUUCCCGAACUCGAUGGAGGCCUUCAGGAUGGCUUUGGACGCCCGUGUGGACUGUGUGGAGUUGGAUGUGUCGAGGUCCUCUGAUGGUGUUCUCAUCACACUCCAUGACAGGGAUCUGCAAAGAAUGUCCGGUAAUUCUACAGCAAAAGUUGGCUACUGGAGCACACAUGAGAUAAAAGCAUUAACCAUGAGGUUUCAGCUAUCAAAAACAAUCCAAAACCAGGAAGUUCCCAAAGCAGAAGAUGCUCUAGUGUUGAUAUCGCAAUCUGUAAGGGAAGUGAUUCUGGAUAUCAAAGUGGGGCCUCCUUCAUUUGAGAAAGGUUUGGUUGAAGAUGUACUAUCUAUUAUCAGGAAAACAAACUGCAAAAACUGUCUUGUCUGGGCAAAAAAUGACAACAUAGGAAGAGAUGUGAUCAAGUUGUCGAAAAAUGUUCUGGUUGGAUAUAUUGUUAUGGUGGAUUGGUCCACUGGCAUAAGAACCGAGUUAUUGAGGAGGAUUGAAGGGGCUAAAGUUGCUGGUGUCUAUCAUUCUUUGAUCCAUGAAAAGCUCAUGAAGGUCAUGCACAAGCAUGGUAGAAAUGUUUAUGCAUGGACUGUUGACGAUGGUGACUCCAUGAAGAGGAUGAUGCAUGAGCAGGUUGAUGCAAUUGUGACUGGAAAUCCUUCCCUCCUGCAGCAGCUGAUGGAGGAGACUAGAACAGAGUGCACGGAAGAUGGUUUUGCCUUGCCGUAAGGAUGAGUACCAACCCCGUUGCAUUCCACGGUGAUUCUUGAUGACUGCAUGACGUGGGAGAAGAAAGAUAUAAAACGGUUCCCUGUCUCGCAUGGAGAUGAACUAUGAUUUUUAGCACGUUUUUAGGAUUCAAAUGAUAUAGUUCUUUCUCUGGUGACACAAUUGGAUCAGAGGGUUGAAAAGACAGAUCAUUUUUUUCCUCUUUUCUUGAAGACAAGUCUGAGUUUGUGAAAAUGUUCCUAUUCACGUGGAGUGAACGUUUUAAUAAAUUAUCUUUAUCUUUACUGUUAUAAAGACCCGAGUUCGUGGCA